CAUAAUAAUUUAAAUAUUUCUCGUAAAAGACGAAGACAUCUAAACCAGCCAGAUGCACGACAAAAUCCUUGAUAUUGCUGUUUUAUGAUAAUUUUGAAUUUUAGAGUCGUGUUUGAAUUCGCUGUUCAUAAUCCUGUUUAGGGUUUUUAGGGUUUCCGUGCAAUAAAUUUGUAGCUGUACAUCAAUUCUCUUCUUAAUUUUGAUGUAAAUGGCGUCGUGUUCUUCAAGAAUUUACGCUUCCCCGCAAGGUCUCGUGUGUGGUUUGGCUUUAGCUAAGAGGAGCUGCGCUGGGGCUCUUAGUAAGAAGCAUCUUUCGGAUUAUGGUGGGUUAAUUGAAGUAAGAAUAGGAUCUACUGGUUCGCUGCAGAAGUCACAGUUACGUGAGAAGAAGAAGAAUAAGGGGCUUUACUGUAGAAAUGUGCAGACUAAUGGCCGGGAGUUGCAGACGGAUGAUAUAGGGAAGCCUAAGAUUGCCAUCCUUCUUGAAGUGGAAGGGGUCAUUGCUGAUGACACCUUCUCAGGCAAUCGCCAUGCAUUCAAUGUAGCUUUUCAGAAACUAGGAUUGGACUGUGCCAAUUGGACGCGUCCAGUUUAUAUGGACCUACUAAGGAAAGCAGGUGGAGAUGAUGAAAGGAUGCUAUAUUUGUUUUUCGAAAGGAUUGGAUGGCCAACAUCAUUGCCAACAAAUGAGAAAGAAUCAUUUUUAAAAAAUGUUUUGCAGGAAAAGAGUUGUGCUUUGGAAGAUUAUGUUAAAUCCAGUAGCCUGUCAUUGCGACCAGCAAUUGAGAAGUUUGUGGAUGAUGCAUUUGAAGAACAAAUACCAGUCAUUAUAUUAUCUGGAUACAGUAGGAAUGGAAAAGAAACUGCCAGGUACAUUGUUGAGAUGUUGGGAUCAGAAAGAACUCAUAAAUUUAUUGUUGUGGGUCAAGCAGAGGUUGAGAAAAGCUUUUAUGGACAAUUAAUAUUGGGAAAGGGAAUCUCUACUGGGACAGAUGAGCUUUUGGGAAAUGAAGUGGUAGAAGCUGGUAUUGAUACAGCUCCAGAUGAAAUGUCAAAAAAGAUAAUCGCAUCCUUACGUGCAGGAGCAGAAUAUGCUGAUACACAAUUUCAAAAUUGCAUCCUUCUGUCAGGAUCCCAAGCAGGAGUUUCUGCAGCUCAAUGCAUAGGAAUGCCUUGCAUUGUCAUUCGGAGCAGUUCCUUAUCCAGGGUAGAGUUUCCCUACGCAAGGGCUGUCAUAGAAGGAUUUGGAUCUGGAGAAUUGACUGUUUCUAAAAUAUGCAGAAUGGCAAAAUAGCAAGAUAUUAUUUAUUUAGUUACCUGUUUCUUAACUUGGAUGGAAAAGUAGCCCUUGAAAUUUUUGGAAGAUCGGCAAAGCCUGAGUAUUACAUAAUAACAUUAAAAGCUUAUGUGCAACUGUAAAUGCAUUCAUUCAGAAUGUUAAAAAAAUCAAAAUGAUAUUUGGAGCACACAAUUCCAAAAUGAUCCAGGUUCAUCUUCUGGCAUGCUACCCAGAGAUAGUGUUGACUUAAAAGUUAUUAGUGUAUUUCUGCAUGUUCAUGUGUGUCUUUAAGCUACAACUGUUCAGAGGGUUUCAUGCAACUCAGAAGAAUAUCAUUUUUAUUGCUGAAGACAUUUUUUGCAAUACCGACUACGGACCUUUUCAAAUGAUAAGGUUUAUCAUGGAAUAGGAAUACAAGUAUAUUUCUUGUACUGAUGGUUAUAAUUAUUUAAGAUUUCUUAAACUCCUGACAUUGAAGUUGAAUACUCUUAAUGGCAAGUAUAUCAAAACAAGUAAAUAAUGAAGUUCUUUGACUCUCGUCAUUCAAUAUGUUUUACCUUUGUAAUAAGAUGGUGGAGUUGAACCUAA